CACAAAAAUCCCUUUUCUAUCCUCAGAAAAAAACAAACAGAGAAAAAAGAAGAGAGAGAAAGAGAGGAAGGAAAGGCGGAGAAGAGAGAGAAAUCAAGAGAGAAUCAUCAAGAGAGAGAAAGAGAAAUCUGAUGUUCGAAUGUUGAGAAUCAUAGACCUGACAUCUUCAUAGAAAUCUCUUUGAUCUUUUUCAAUUUUUUUCAAUUCUUUUUCUUCUCAAUUUGAUCAUUUUGCCAUUACUGAUUUUUGAUCAUCAACAAUCAUUGAUCAAAUUAUUAAUCAAAUGAAGGAAUAAAUAAACCUAGAAAUAUCUUGCCUUUUGAUUUUGACCUAGGAGAGAGAAAAUAGAAAUUCAUAAAGAGAAGAGAGUAAGCGGCGAUGAACGGUGGCGAUGGUAAGGGUGGAGAAGCUUCUGGUGUGGGACCGCCACCAUCUCCGUUAGAGUGGAAAUUUUCUCAGGUUUUUGGCGAAAGGGCAGCUGGUGAAGAAGUUCAAGAAGUUGAUAUCAUUUCAGCUAUUGAGUUUGAUAAAACUGGAGACCAUUUAGCUACUGGUGAUCGUGGGGGCAGGGUGGUUUUAUUUGAGAGGACAGACACAAAGGAUCAUGAUGUUUCUAGAAAGGAUAAGGAGAGGAUGGAUUACAUGUUUAGUAGGCAUCCUGAGUUCCGCUAUAAAACUGAGUUUCAGAGUCACGAACCUGAGUUUGACUACCUAAAGAGUUUGGAAAUAGAGGAGAAAAUCAACAAAAUCAGAUGGUGCCAAACUGCUAACAGUGCAUUAUUUCUUUUGUCUACCAAUGAUAAGACUAUUAAGUUUUGGAAGGUCCAAGAAAAGAAAGUCAAGAAGAUAACUGAAAUGAAUAUGGAACCUUCCAAAGGUGCAGGGAACGGUUCUGUUGCUAGUUCAAGUCUUCUAAUCAGUUCCAAACAACAUCUUUUGAAUGGAGGAUAUCCAGACAAAUCGUCCAGUACCUUGAAUAAUGAUCUCUCUGUCUCUUCAGGAGGGAUCUCAUCUCUGCGUUUACCUGUGGUCACUACUCAUGAGACUAGCCUGGUUGCUAGAUGCAGAAGAGUUUAUGCUCAUGCUCAUGACUACCACAUCAAUUCCAUAUCAAAUAACAGUGAUGGGGAGACUUUCAUCUCAGCUGAUGAUUUGCGAAUAAAUCUUUGGAACUUAGAGAUCAGCAACCAGAGUUUCAAUAUUGUUGAUGUAAAGCCACAAAACAUGGAGGAUCUGACUGAGGUCAUCACAUCAGCUGAAUUUCAUCCGUCCCAUUGUAAUACGUUGGCUUAUAGUAGUUCAAAGGGAUCAAUCCGCCUCAUUGAUUUACGACAGUCAGCGUUAUGUGACAGUCAUGCAAAAUUGUUUGAGGAACAGGAAGUUCCUGGUUCAAAAUCCUUUUUUACGGAGAUAAUUGCCUCCAUUUCAGAUAUUAAAUUUGCGAAAGAUGGGAGAUAUAUACUUAGUCGAGACUACAUGACUCUUAAGUUAUGGGACAUCAAUAUGGAUUCUGGUCCUGUUGCAACCUUUCAGGUCCACGAAUAUUUGAGGCCUAAGCUGUGUGAUCUAUAUGAAAAUGAUUCUAUCUUCGAUAAAUUUGAAUGUUGUCUUAGUGGUGAUGGACUUCGAGUGGCAACUGGUUCUUACAGCAAUCUAUUUCGUGUGUUUGGCUGUGCUCCUGGAAGUACGGAGGCUGCAACAUUGGAGGCCAGCAAAAACCCCAUGAGGAGGCAAGUGCAGAACCCGACAAGACCCUCAAGGCAGACGAGCAGCGUUCCGCGUGUUGUUAGACGAGGAUCUGAGAGUCCGGGUGUCGAUUCCAACGGAAAUUCUUACGACUUUACCACAAAAUUGCUCCACCUGGCGUGGCACCCAUCAGAAAACUCAAUUGCUUGUGCCGCUGCAAACAGUUUGUACAUGUAUUAUGCAUAAAUGGUGGAAGAUAUAUUUGUUGCACAACUUUUUUGAAGGUUAAUAUCCGAGAAGGGCAGAAGCCUGUUUUCCCCUCACAGCACCAACAGUAAAACGUGAGUCAUCCGGCCUUACCUGUUUGCCUUGUCGUAACUCGUAAGUGCCUCUUAAACCUGCAGCUGCUAUUACAAAAUCGGUAGACAACACAAAUCGUCUUCAUUUUUUCAGGUCGCAGCUCUCAUUAUUUUAUAACCAACGCCCACAGAUUCGUUUUUGUUUAUUAUUUGUACCCUCGACUGUUGCCAAAACAGAUAGGUGCAGCUUGUUAUUUACUCUUUGUCGGGAUUAAGUCCGGGAAAAUUGUGAUUGUAGCUCUCCUACAACCAAAAACUAAAAUGGAUGUUUCAUAUUUUGCCACUAGAAGUUUAAGAUGAUUGUAGCCUUUCUUGUUUUCCCCUUUAUUGACCUCAAUUAUUGGUGAGAAAAGGAGCUCUUCGAACAUCUAGUGAAUUGAUUUAUUUAUUUCUUUUUAUCAUUAGUACUAUCUAUCCUUUUUCUUACCUUUUUCUUUUUUCCUUGGGGUAAUUAUGAUAAAUACCUUUUAUUUAGAGGGAUACUUUUCUUCUGAUACUGUUGUAAUAUUCAGAUAGUAUAUUUUUUUAAGAAUUAAAUUUUUAUUAUGUUGCACAUCAUUACAAUGCUUUGCAUUGCUGUUGUUUGAAGGCAAUGAUUGCUGACUAGUAUUUAUCCACAUUAUUACAGUUUUGUCCUAGUGGGCAUUACUAAUAAUGACCCAAAGUAAUUGUUUGUGAGCUACUUUUGUGAGCUCAAACAAGGAGUCUAUAUUUUCAUAAUCUCUUAGUGAAAUCGUCUUAUACAAUAAUUUCUGAUCAGCAAAUCUGGUAUGAGACCGUCACACUAUGAGACUGAUAUAUUCAAUCAACAUAUUUCUUUAAUUGAUAGGAUUAUAAAUAAUCAUAAGAUUCUAAAUGUAUAUUAGAUCAGCCUAAUAGAAAUAAUUGUAUCAUAAGUUUAUCUCCUUUGAGAAUUUUUAAAAUAAAAAGUUAUGCAAAUUAAUUUUAAGGUGGGGACUAUAGACGUAUGGAUAAAGAAACAUUCUCUUACAAGGCCAGUUGCCAGCCUUGGCUAAUGAAUUACUUCUCGGUGCUUAUAUGCAAAUUUUUG